AUGAUGAAGAGAUCUGAGACCUUACGGGAGGAGGAGACGAACAUUCGUAAUAAGUUACUUGCAGUCUUAACUGCACAACAAAAACGAGAAACGCAAUUUGGGAAAGACUGUUUAUUAUCGAUAAACUUUAACGGGAUUUUAGAUUUAUCAGACGAUGAGACGCACAAACAGAUUAAAAAGUCCUUGAAUAAGGAUCAAAUUUCUUGGCUUGAAGGGGUCCUCCAGAAAAAAAAUUUGGAAACCUACUCCGGAAUUUACGGAAUAUCAACCAAUUCACGGAAGAAACCUCGCACGAUAUUGCCCAGCAUAUACUAA